UAUCGCCUGCGUCUCUAUGAGGAGGAUGACGAUCCUGAGGACGGCGAGUUAGUGUGCACCGUGGUGGUGGCUCUGAUGCAAAAGGGAAACCGCCAAAUGGGAACUAGGCUUUUCAACAUCGGUUUCUGCAUCUACGAGGUGCCCAAGGAGGUAUGAUCCUGUGGAAGGAGGACCUUGAUGUGAUAUGUGGUAGCAGACAGCACCUGCAAAAGGACUUCUUCCUCUACAACGCCUCCAAGGCUAAAUGCAAGUCUUACGUCAACCUCCGUGAGGUGACAGACCGCUUCCGACUUCCCCCUGGGGAGUAUGUGAUCAUCCCCUCGACUUUUGAGCCCCACCAGGAAACAGAGUUCAUCCUCAGGGUCUUUUCAGAGAAGAGAAGCAUGUCUGAGGAAAUGGGCAACACCAUCGAGGAUAACAGUGUACUGAAUGGCAAAAACAGGAAAGCAACAUAUGAGCCCAUCCUCUUCGUGUCAGACAGAUCAAAGACCAAUAAGGAGAUCCAACAGUAUGACAUUGAAGUAGAUAAAAAGAAGAAAGAGACAAAAGACAAGCCCAAAGUACAACCACCAGUGGAAAGUGAGCAAGACAAACACUUCAGGGCCAUCUUCCAGCAGAUUGCUGGUAAUGAUAUGCAAAUCUGUGCCAAUGAACUCAAGGUGAUCAUGAAGCGGGUUCUAGAAAAAUAUAAUGAUAUGAAUACCGAAGGGUUCAGCUUGGAGAGUUGUAGGAGCAUGAUUGCUCUUAUGGAUACGGAUGGGACUGGGAAACUUAAUUUAAAUGAGUUCAAACAACUGUGGAACAAGAUUAAACAGUGGCAGAUGAUCUUCAUGCGCUAUGAUAGAGACAGAUUCAAUUCCAUCAGUAGCUUUGAGAUGAGGAACGCAGUCAAUGAUGCAGGCUUCCGUUUGAACAACCAGCUGUACAACAUCAUCGCAAUGCGCUAUGCUGACGAACAUCUUAACAUCGACUUUGACAGCUUCAUCUGCUGUUUUGUGAGGCUUGAGGGAAUGUUCAGGGCGUUCCAUGCCUUUGAUAAAGAAAAACGCGGUACAAUCUCACUUGACGUUAAUGAGUGGCUCCAGCUGACCAUGUAUGCUUAGGACUCCUUGCCCCCCUGAACAGAACAGAAGUGUUUCCUGCUUACUCAUGACAAAGCUUUUACCAUAACUGCAUGUACCUCCUCCUACCUCUGCCCUCAUCUCUCUGUGUCCAAGCGCUCUCUACUUCUGCUACUCAAGCAAGAGGUAAGCCUGUUACACAUCCUGGUGAGGACGUGGCCCCCACAGACCUUCCCUUCAAAUAUCAAAGGUCCGUGGGACUGGAGUGCCAUAGCUGUGUAGUGUUAUAAAUGUACGAUCUUAAUACAUGUGUAUAUUACAUUACACAGUACAAGUGUGGAGAAGUAACAUUUAUGCAAAACGUCAUCUCAGAAUUUGGGCAAUGACUAAAUGUGUAGUUUCAUCAUAUUCUGAAUAAAGACAUUUGGGAAACA